AUGCAUUGUGUUUGUGACGUAGACGGCUACCAAGACUACGUCACCAAUGGCACCAUCAAUGGCCUUGUUGCUCAACAACAGAAAGGUGCAGCCAUUAUCGUUGAACACCGUUUCUUUGGCAAGUACAAUCCAUACGACAACCUCACCUCACAAUGUCUCGCUCUUCUCACCAUUCAGCAAGCCAUAGAUGAUCUCGUGUAUUUCGCCACCACAGCCGACCUUCUCAUACCAGGGGGUGAUGCUGUGAAGCCCGGUCAGGCGCCGUGGACACUGGUGGGAGGAAGCUACUCGGGAGCCCUCACCAGUUGGACGAUGGUCGAUGACUAUUAUGGCUAUUUUUCCCCGAUUCGAAAGUACAUGCCACGAAAUUGUUCUUCCGAUGUAGAGGCAGUGAUUGCCUACCUGGUUUGGAUGUACGCAGUGAAUGACACUGCUGGAAUCCAGAGCCUCAAGGAAGCAUUUGGUCUUGGCGGUGUUGCACACGUAGACCAUUUCGCUAGUGCACGCGAGUCGUCUUUGCCCCUUGUUCGGUCUUCAUCUUUGCGUGAAACCGAUACCUUGGCCCACACGCCUUAUUCGUGUAACUUCAAUCCAACCUGUUUGAUUGGAAAAAUCCAGUACCUUGUGCUGGCACAGGAGCAAGUACUGUUCUUCCAGUUCUGUGAUGCACUUGAGGUCAAGAACGGUGUCAAUGCCGGACCUGAAGGAUGGAGACUUGAAAACGCUAUCUUCUCUUGGGCCUGUGACGAUCAGGGUGCCGAGUGCACCCAACUCGGAUUCUACAAGGUUGGCCCUCCUGGAGGCCAGCCUGCAAUCCGCCAAUGCGUCAACAGGUUCCCUCAAGUCUUCGCUUCUCCACGUGAGCCUACCACGGUAGAGACCAACAAAAUUUACGCUGGCUGGGACGUGGAUAUCCCACGUCUCUUCUUCGCCGAUGGCCUGCGUGAUACUUGGCGCGAGGCAACUGUCUCUGCUUACGGGCUGAACAAGGCUAACGCUACCAGCAUGCCGAUCUAUGAGAGCGAUGGAUUCCGCUGCACAGACAUGAUCCCGAAGAGUGGCAUUGACCCGCUGCAAUGGAAGGAUGCUCCAGCGCCGUUGAUCCUUUGGGUAGAAGCUGGAGUUCAGAAUGAAAGAACGACCAAACAGUGGGAUGUGUGCCAAGGAAAACAGGCGGGACGAAAAAAAGUAGGAGAAAAACUGCACGUCAUACAUUGGCACAAGAAGCUACGCUCUCGUCCGUACAAUCACACAUCAGCAUUGUUAUUCAUCGCUGGUCCCUAUGUACAUGCUGUCAUUGGCAUGCGUAUCCCAAAUGCUGAUCAUCAGACGGGGCACGAUGAUAUAUGGCGCGGUAUCAGUGAAGAGAAAUAUCAGAUCCGACACCGCUAUCUGUGCGUGUCCGCUUUAGAGCUGAUCUCUCUAGAAGCAUGGGAGAUCAUACCGGAAGGUUGGCCCAUAAUAUCGCCAUGA